AACUCUAAAUUACUUCUACAGUAAACCGCAUGCUGCACAGAAGUGUUGACUUAGUAAAAACUUGAGAUUGUCAUCAUGUCAACAGCAUUCAAGCCGGUCACACACGUUAUAUUCGACAUGGAUGGAUUGUUAUUAGAUACAGAGCGCCUGUACACCGUGGCCACUCAAAAUGUCCUGGACGAAUACGGCAAAGUAUUCACAUGGGAGAUAAAAUCAAAGCAGAUGGGUCGGAAACAGAAUGAGAGCGCUCAGUUAAUGAUUGAUGAGCUACAACUGCCAUUGACUGUGAGUGAGCUGAAUCAGAAGCUGGGCAAAGAACAUGAAAAGGUGUUUCCCACGGUGGACUUUCUCCCAGGUGCCGAGAGACUAGUGCGACAUCUUCACAAACACAACAUUCCAAUUGCCGUGGCAACAGGAUCUACUGGCUACAACUACGAGCUGAAAGUGACCAAUCACAAGCAGUUUUUCAGUCUCUUCAGCCACAUCGUGUUAAGCAGUGAUGACCCUGAGGUCAAGAAUGGUAAACCAGCGCCAGACUGUUUCAUCAUCGCCGCCAAAAGGUUCAGCGGCAGCCCAGCCCCAGAGAAGUGCCUUGUAUUUGAGGAUGCUGCUAACGGUCUGAUCGCUGCCCACGCCGCCGGGAUGCAGGUCGUCUGGGUGCCGGACCCUCGAGCUGACCAAACUCCAUUCAAGGACACAGCUCACCAAAUCCUGACCUCCUUGGAAGAAUUCAAACCGGAGGACUUUGGCCUUCCCCCUUACGAUAGUUGAUGAUUGAUCCCACCAUGAGGACUUUAGGACUUAGAGAUUUAGGUCACAUAUCGGGACAAAUAUCGGUACACAUAUCAGGACAUUUUUACUAGUAAAGUCACGUGUUUUAUAUAUUAGCUCACCUGCACCAACAGUACAAGUGAGAUAUUUGUCUGAUUGUCCGUCGUUGUUUGUAAGAACCAUCUCAGACACAUUUUGGCAGCAAUUGUAGCCGGGCGUGGAGUCAUCCCACAGACGACAUCCUUACCUUGUCAGCUUGCUGACGGGGUUAACCUCUUAGGUCAUGUGGACAAGGCGUCAACCCCUGAUCAGAAGGUCUGUGGUUUGAAUCCCAUCACGGGACUCAAAAAUUUUAUGGCCGCUUCACAGUGUAUAAUCACCUUUCCUAGGCAAGGGAGAUAACUGACUAUAAAAGCCUACUUUCCACCCCUCACACUCCAACUAGGUUGGCAUGAUGGAGUUAUAUUUUGGCUGGACUAACGAGUCUAUGCUGAGGCAAAUCAAAAUCGUGUAAAUUAACAUCAGGUUUGUAAACUGCCAUACAGAUUUCAGCUGCUUGCAGGAUUUGAAAGGCAUAUUAUACUGCCAACUUGGCGUCAACAGAUAUUUUCCAAAACAUUUCAUGAUUUUAAUGAAGAUGCUCACGUGAUUUGAUGCAUUUCUCGAAGUAAGACCCAUUUAAUUACAGUAUACAUUUUGAUUAUCGAUAAGAUCGUCUUGACUGGGCGAAGCCAUUUUGUUUCAAGCAAAUGUAAGUGAUAUGAGAGGUGGAAUCUGAUUGGUCAAUAGGAGGGACAUAGAAGGGACAUAACUCGUAAUAGCUACUGGUGGCGCUAUGAGCGAGUCUAGAAAUUUCAGCCUAGUACGACAAGGGUGGAAACUGGACUUUUAGAGUUAGUUCAUGAACUUGCCUCGGAAAGAUGGUGUAUGAUUUUCCAUUCCAUUUGAAAAACAGUUUUUGCCAUUCACUGUCCUAGUCUUCAGCUCAAGUUGUUUGUCUGUGGAUUUCCUUGUCCAUGAAAGUAGUUCCGUGAAAAACAUAGAACCAGGCAGACAACCACUAAAAUUGAGUCCUUAGCUUGAGACAGCAGAAGUAGAAAAAGGAAAAUGAUUGUGUCAGCACAUCGAGGACUUUGUAAAUCAUAAAUUGACUCGCUAUCAUAAUCACAAGUCUCCCAUCACAGAAUAAAACAGUUUUUUGAUGUCCUCAACAAAGUUCUGUUAGAGUACCUUCACAGCUUCAAGUGGAAGGAAGCCUCUGUGGUCUAGUGGAUUGAGUGUCUGCCAAGACAGAGUGGACGUUAAAAUAUGGUACUUGUUGUUACCCUGCCUGGUGCUUGGCAUUAAGGGGAUAUAGACUAGUCAAAUCAGAGUCUGCAUACUGUUUCUGAGUGGGGUAUCCAUGCUAAAAUACAGUGUAGUAUAUUGGAGACUAGCACUUUAAGACGGAUACAGUUUGCACACAAAGUCCACACAGUCGAAAGACAAUCAAUGGAGAACAGCAUCAAAACAAAGUUCAUUGGACCUGUCAAUCAAGGCAAAAGGCGAGAAGAACUGCAACAGUCAGACUGUAACGGACCGGAACAAAUAUGUCCGGGAAAA